CGAUCUAAACCGCCUCCUGUCACUGCGCAGUGACGCAGCCACGCUUUGCUGAAAGCGAUGGCGGACCGAUGUGUCCCCAGACUAGACCAGACACCGGAGGGAGAAAGUCAGUGAGGGAUUUCCACCGUGUUCGUUUUUGUCAUCAAACCACCUGUUAAGGGGAGGGAGGCCACCGUGUUACACCGCCGCCAUCCCUCCCACGAAACAGUAGGCUAUGUGGGACGUUGGGGUUUGUCAGGAAGACGUUUUCCGGGACAAGGUAUAGGCAGAGCGCACACGGCACAGCGCAGCCUGACGCACGCGGGCAAGCCAAGUUGACAGAAAUAACAAAACUCGCUUCAACAAGGGACAGUCGCACGAGGAAUUAACGGAGGUUGAGGAGAUUGCUGUUUUGGCAAAAUGAAAUUUGCGGAGCACCUUUCGGCCCAUAUCACUCCGGAGUGGAGGAAACAGUACAUCCAGUAUGAGGCGUUCAAGGAUAUGCUGUAUGCAGCUCAAGAUCAAGCUCCCUCCAUAGAAGUCACAGACGAGGACACCGUCAAGAGGUACUACGCCAAGUUUGAGGAGAAGUUCUUCCAGACGUGCGAGAAGGAGCUUCUGAAGAUCAACACGUUCUACUCAGAAAAGCUUGCUGAGGCUCAGCGUCGUUUCGCCACGCUGCAGAAUGAGCUGCAGUCGUCUCUGGACGCGCAGCGCGAGAGCAACGCCCCCCAGGGCCUGCGUAAGCGCAAGACCGUGUUCCACCUGUCCCAGGAGGAACGCUGCAAGCACCGCAACAUCAAGGACCUGCAGCUGGCCUUCUCCGAGUUCUACCUCAGCCUCAUCCUGCUGCAGAACUACCAGAACCUGAACUUCACCGGCUUCCGGAAGAUUCUGAAGAAGCAUGACAAGAUCCUGGAGACUCCUCGCGGGGCGGACUGGCGCGUGGGACAGGUGGAGGUGGCCCCUUUCUACACCUGCAAGAAGAUCACACAGCUCAUCUCUGAGACUGAGGCCCUGGUGACUGCAGAGCUGGAAGGAGGGGAUCGCCAGAAGGCCAUGAAGAGGCUGAGAGUUCCUCCUCUAGGGGCGGCACAGCCUGCCCUGGCCUGGACAACCUUCCGUGUGGGUCUGUACUGUGGAGUCUUCAUCGUGCUGGCCAUCGCCUUCAUCCUCACGGGCAUUGUGCUCAUCAGCCGUGAGAACAUGUGGCCCCUGGUCCGGAUCUACCGUGGCGGCUUCCUGCUGAUUGAGUUCCUCUUCCUGCUGGGCAUCAACACGUACGGCUGGCGGCAGGCAGGGGUCAACCAUGUCCUCAUCUUCGAGCUCAACCCCCGGAGCAACCUCUCCCACCAGCAUCUGUUUGAGAUCGCUGGCUUCCUGGGGGUGCUGUGGAGUCUGAGCAUCCUGUCGUGUCUGUACUCAGAGUUCACCUACCUGCCCAUGCAGAUCAACCCUCUCAUCUUCUACGGCUUCAUCCUCCUCUUCCUCAUCAACCCCUUCAAGACCGGCUACUACAAGUCCCGCUUCUGGCUGCUCAAGCUGCUGUUCCGUGUUUUCACGGCUCCGUUCCACCGCGUGGAGUUUGCAGACUUCUGGCUGGCUGACCAGCUGAACUCUCUGGUGAUCGUUCUGAUGGACCUGGAGUACCUGGUGUGCUUCUACGUAUUUGAGCUCAAGUGGAACGAACGAGACGGCCUGCUGCCUGUCCACAAAAGUGACUACAUGUGCCACUCCUACUCGUACGGCCUGCGUGCCAUCAUCCAGUGUCUGCCCGCCUGGUUCCGCUUCGUCCAGUGUUUGAGGCGUUACCGUGACACCAAGCGGGCAUUCCCUCACCUGGUCAACGCCGGCAAAUACUCCACCACCUUCUUUGUGGUCACCUUCGCUGCCCUGUACAGCACUCACAGAGAGCAGGGCCAUUCAGACAGCGACAUGUUCCUGUACCUUCUCAUCAUCUUCUCGGCUGUCAGCUCUCUGUACACGCUCAUCUGGGACCUGAGGAUGGACUGGGGCCUGUUCGACGGUGGGGCCGGAGAGAACAUCUUCCUGAGGGAGGAGAUUGUCUACCCUCACAAGGCGUACUACUACUGCGCCAUCAUCGAGGACGUGAUCCUGCGUUUCGCCUGGACCAUCCAGAUCUCCCUGACCACCAUGACCAGCAUCCCCUCAGUGGGCGACAUCGUAGCCACCGUGCUGGCUCCCCUCGAGGUCUUCAGGCGUUUUGUGUGGAACUUCUUCCGUCUUGAGAACGAGCACCUGAAUAACUGUGGAGAGUUCCGCGCGGUGCGGGACAUCUCGGUGGCUCCCCUGAACGCAGACGACCAGACGCUGCUGGAGCAGAUGAUGGACCAGGAGGACGGCGUCCGCAACCGCCAGGGCAAGAAGAGCUGGAAGCGCUCUUACAGCCUGUCGCUACGGCGACCGCUGCUGUCCUCGCAGUCCAAGAAAGACACCAAGGUUCUUAUCGAGGACACAGACGACGAGGCGUUCAGCUGAGCUGGGCUUCUCAGGAGGCGACCACACUGCUGCCUCGCUCUCUCACACACACACACACACACACACACACACACACACACACACACACACACACACACACACACACACAACAUAUGCACACACACACACAGACAUCGUGAUUUUGAGAUAAACAUAUUUGCUGAAGCACAACCACAGUAUUGAUACAGAUGAUAAACACACACACACACACACCCACACACACACACACACAGAGGGAAAUAUAUUCAGGCACAUCUUUGGAAAUACCACACUGCCCUAGGAUUUUACUAUGAGUCAUUUUGUUUUCAUUUAAUAACAGACUUAGGUUGUUGACAUUUUGUUAAUAAUGUUUUGGAUUGUAUAUUCGUUUUUUCAAUUAAUUUUCUGCAAAUCUUCGAAGCUGCGUUAACUAAUAAUCGACUGUUUACAUAUGUAAUACUUCAGGAUCAACAGGGAAAAAUAUGAAAAUAUUCAAUCAAAGACGAUAUAAAACCAAUAUUUAACCCGAGCACGGACUCUGGAGCCUGUAGACAAACCACAGCAUAUCAAGAACACCAACUGGGUUCAACUUGGUGGUAUCCUUUUUCUACUUCUUUGUUUUAUAUGGGUUAGUUCAGUUGUUUAUAAAGUUGUGAUGAAGUCAGUGUACGACCCUGUCUGGCAACACUUGCAGGAAAAAUGUGUGUAAUACAUCAAGUUUAAAAAAAA